AUGGACGACCAAAUUGUGGUAGAUUUCGAUCACGACUCGAUAGCACAUCCUACCAACUGGAGCCAUGCCAAAAAACUAUAUACAGUCCUCGCUUCAUUGUUCUUGGUUCUGAACUCAGGGAUAUCGUCUUCCUUGCCUAGCAACGUGGUCCCGUACAUCAUGGAGGAUUUCGGCGUCGAUGGAGGCUCGCAAAAGGUGCUGCCAACGGGAGUUUUUCUCAUCGGAUAUGUCGUCGGUCCUUUGGGAUUCAGUCCGCUAAGUGAAACCAUUGGACGAAAGUCUGUCCUACUUGGAAGCUUUACAGUCUUUGUUCUAGCGACACUUGCCUGUGCUUUCGCUCCGAAUUGGCCAUCACUAUUGAUCUUCCGGUUCAUAUGUGGUGCGAUGGGUGCUGCACCGCAGACCGUUGUUGGUGGUGUUUAUGCGGACAUGUUCUCGAACCCUCGGAACCGUGGCCGUGUGAUGACCUUUUAUAUGUCUGCUGCAAGCUUCGGGCCAAUUGUGGGACCAAUCAUGUCGGGGUGCAGCGCACAAUAUGGUUGGCGCUGGACCUUUCGCAUCGACCUGAUACUGGCUGGAAGCUGCUGGAUUGGGGCGCUAUUUCUUCCGGAGACUUUUGCGCGCGUCAUUCUCCAAAAGAAAGUGAAGGAGCUGAACAGCACCUUCAAGACAGACAACUACAUCUCCCAGCUGGAAUUGAAAAAGGUGGAAGUGAAUUCCAGCCUUCUUGAAAUCUUCACCAGACCUAUUACUAUGGUCAUCUUCGAGCCUAUUAUCCUGUUCAGUGCUCUUUAUAUUUCAUUUGCCUAUGCUCUCAUUUUCUUUUGCUUUGCCGCAUAUCCCAUCAUUUUUGAAGGAACCUAUGGUUUCAAUGUGCAGCAGACUUCGCUCUGCUUUCUGCCCAUUGGCAUUGGCGCGGCCUCAUCCGGCCUCAUCUCUCUUUACUACGACAUCUAUUACGAAAAAGCCAAAGCCCAGGGCAAGAAGUGGACCACGAUCCCGGAGUACCAGCGCCUGCCGAUUUGCCUGAUUGGUGGCCCCUGUCUCACCAUCAGUCUGUUCUGGCUUGCUUGGACGGCCGACCGCCACGUCUACUGGCUGGUCCCAGUGCUUUCCGGGUUGUUCUUCGGCGUCGGCUAUCAGGUCCUCUUCAUCUCGCUCCUAACGUAUGUCACCGACGCGUACAAGAUCUACUCCGCGAGCGCGCUGUCUGCCUCGCUCAUCACCAGAAGUAUCCUCGGUGCAGUGUUCCCGCUGGCGGCCGACCCCAUGUACUCUGCAUUGAGUGUGGGGUGGGCGACGUCGAUCCUGGGAUUCGCGAGUCUGGCGUGUAUUCCCAUUCCGGUCAUGUUCAUCUACAAGGGGGAGUGGAUUCGGAGGAAGAGCCCGUUCUGUCAGCGGUUGAUGGAGGACGAGAGGAGGCGGAAGGAAGAGAUGAUGGCGACUAGGCCUGCUACUCCUGUGGAGGUGGUUUAG